CACACCACGUCGUCACACGCAAACCACCGCGACGACGACACGACCGAAACGAAAGAGUCGCCACACGAGUGCACUUCGCUCGCGAUCAAGCCAUGGCUUUCGCGGCUCGCCGUAGCGGUGCACUGUUGAUGACGCUGGUCGUGGCGGCGGCUGUGGGGCUGGCCGGCGCGGACUUCGCGGCGGACAAGGCGGAGUGUGCGGACAAGCUGAUGGGGCUGGCGACGUGCCUGACGUACGUGCAGCUGACGGCGACGGCGCGGGCGCCCACGCCGGACUGCUGCACCGGGUUCCGGCAGGUGCUGGGCACCAGCAAGCGGUGCAUGUGCAUCCUGGUCAAGGACCGCGACGAGCCGGCGCUGGGCAUCAAGGUCAACAUCACCCGCUCCAUGAACCUCCCCUCUGUUUGCAACAUCGCCGCCACCUUCUCCGACUGCCCCAAGAUCCUUAACAUGUCGCCGGACUCCAAGGAGACGGAGAUCUUUAAGCAGUAUGCGCGUGAGCACGAGGGCAAGAACGCCGCCACCACUUCGCCCACCGCCGCCGCCGCCACCGCCACCGGUACCGCCACCGGGAAGAGCGUGGACGCGACGUCCGGUGCAGGGAGGCACACGGUGGUCUUCGCCGUCGUCGUCUCGGCGGUGCUCGCCUCCGCCUUUGUUCUUGCGUGAUGAUAGGCUUGGCUGCGGCUGUAGGAAAGAGACCAAGGCAUUUUCAUGAUUGUGUUGGGCUGGGCUGUGUAGUUUGCAGCCUUCGGCCUUCAGUUCGGCUUUCAGUUUGCUGUGUGUAGCGAGUGAAUCCUCAUCACAGAAAAAAUAAAUUGUUGUGCAGUGCGUGAGUUGCAA